AAAACCCCAUUUCAAUUUAUGAUCCUUUGAAUGCUUUUUAUAAUUUAAUUAAUUUCUGGGUUUUUUUUUUAAACUUUAUUCUUAUAAUGGCAGGCCAGUACUCAUCUCCUGUUACUGCUUCUCAGGUUGGGUCAUAUUUUGUUCAGCAAUAUUAUCAGGUGCUUCAACAACAGCCUGAAUCUGUUCAUCAGUUUUAUACGGAUUCUAGUACUAUGAUUCGGGUCGAUGGUGAAUCGACUGACAAUGCAUCAGCAAUAUUCCAAAUCCAUACGCUUAUUCAGUCGUUACAUUUUAGUGGGAUUGAGAUCAAGACUAUUAAUGCUCUUGAAUCAUGGAGCGAAGGGAUUGUUGUCAUGGUUUAUGGCUCUGUCAGAUCGAAGAACUUUUCUGGCUGGCGGAAGUUUGUUCAGACGUUUUUUCUUGCUCCUCAAGAGAAAGGUUACUUCGUGAUGAAUGACAUUUUCCACUUCAUUAGUGACGAGGUCAUCAAUCAUGCUCCACUACCAUUUGCCGCUGGACAUAAAGAUGAUUUUCAACCAAUCAACUCUUCUUCAGAGUUAUUAGUUGCUGAAGAUGUGUUGGAGGUUGAUGCAAGGGAGAAUUUUAAUUCGUUACAUUUGGAAGGUGAAAAUCAAGGCAACUACUACUAUUCUGAAGAGAACCAACAUCAGCAACAAGAAGAAGAUGACAAUAGUGAAGACUACAAGGAAGAACCGCCAGUUGGCGAACCUUAUAAUCCCGCAGACUAUGUUCAGGAGCCUUUGCAUCAAAACACGGUACAAUACGCUCAAGAGUCGUUGCAUCAUCACGACACAGCAGAAUACGUUCAAGAACCAGUUCAACCUGUGGAAGUGCCUGUUUCAGAACCUGUGAAAUUCACUUAUGCCUCCAUAUUGCAAUCAAAGGGAAAAUCUGUGCCAUCAGCUCCUGUCCAAGCACCAGUCGUUAAAAGUGCCCCACCUACAAAUGAUUGGGGUGUCCCGUCUUCAACUGAGUGGGAUCAGCCACAAGAACCAGUUGCUUCAUUUGUGCCUGAAACCACUCCUCAAGUUACAGAGGAAGCUUCAGUUAAUGAAGAAGGCGAAUCGAAGUCCGUUUAUGUGAGGAACUUGCCCACUUCUGUUACUAGUCUGGAAAUUUUUCAAGAGUUCAAGAACUUUGGGAAAAUUAAGCAGGAUGGAGUGUUCUUAAAGAAUCGCCAGGAUGUUGGUGUUUGCUUUGCCUUUGUAGAGUUUGAGGAUAUCAGUGGUGUUCGGAAAGCUAUCGAGGCAUCCCCGAUACAACUAGCCGGAAGGCAAGUCUAUAUUGAAGGAAGGAGAGCAGGCAGCAACAGCAGUUCACGUGGCGGAAGAGGGGGAAGAGGAGCAGGAAGAGGCAGAGGGAGCUAUAAUGAUUCAUCAAGAGGACGUUACGGUGAUGUUUCUAAUGGAAGGGGAAAUGGAUUCCGUAACUACCAAAAGUGAAUGUAAUCAGGUUAAGGCAGUUUGAUCAUAAUUUUGGUUUUGAAACAGAUGUUUGACCAAUGAUUUUGUAUGCACUUUGCGAAUGUUUUUUCCAUCAUGAUGCAUAUUGAGAAGUUUUGCCUUCUUUUGCUCGA